CCGUUCACUUGGCCCAGCCAAAGUCGGCUCAGAAUCUCAUUUAAAUCUCUCUCUCUCUCUCUCUCUCUCUCUCUCUCUCUCUCUCUCCUCUGCUCUUCUUUUCGCUUUCUCUCUUGCUCGCAUACAGCCAAACCAGUUAUUAUAAAAGAAAUAUACUGAGGGAUAUAAACAAGGUUUUUUGCUCUGGUCAUGGAUUCUUUCGCACAUAUUCAGGAUAUUUUUCUGGAGUUUCGUGCUGGGAAAAUGCUUAUGGAUGGAACACGUGUGCUCCCUGAUUCACGUAAAGGGCUUGUUCGUAUUGGGAGGGGUGAAGAAGGGCUGGUCCAUUUCCAAUGGCUCGACAGAUCCCUAAACAUAGUGGAGGAUGACCAAAUUGUUUUCCCUGACGAGGCAGGUUUUGAAAAGGUUAACCAAUCUUCUGGAAGAGUAUACAUCCUGAAGUUUCUUACGGAUGACAGAAAGUUCUUCUUCUGGAUGCAGGAGCCCAGACCCGAGAAUGAUACACAGUUAUGCAACUCAGUCAAUUUCUACCUGAAUCAACCUCUAGAGUUAGCUGUCAAUGAAGAACCAGAUUCUUCCGUCCCUUUACAAACUGCGGAAAUGGUUCUUGAAGAAGAUAUCUCAUCCAGGGCUGGAGAUUUGGUAGGUCCUAGCAUGGGUGCAGAAGCAAGUAGUGAUGUAACAUCUGCAGGACCUGUAAAGUUGGCAGAUCUGCAACGGAUACUUAGCAACAUAGGAUCUUCAGAUGCACAGGAAGACCCAGAUGCAGGCUUAGGAUUAGGUGAUAUCUUAAGGCCGGAACUCUUAUUGCCUCAUAUUCAAGAGCUAUACUUAGAUAAAGAAUUGAUGUCAUAUUUGCCUGAGCUACCAGGAACGUGGACUCCAGAGGAGUUGCUGGAACUUCUGCAGAGCCCUCCAUUCCGCCAACAACUAGAUUCGUUUACUUAUGUGUUGCGCACGGGACAGGUGGAUCUAACCCAGUUUGGUAUAGAUCCCAGUCAAUACAACUUCACUGUUCCAUCGUUUCUCGAGGCCCUUGAAGACUCAGUUGCUAAGAAAAAUGAUGCUGAAGGCAGUGGUGACCUGAGGUCUCAGACAUGUCAAGGAAGUGACGCGAUGGAUGAAGGUCAUUAGCGUUGGACUAACACUUUGGUUAUAGCUUCUGCUGCUGUUUUUUGUUCGACAUCGUUGCUGAUUAUGUCGAUGCCCUGCUCCAUUUCUAGCCCAGCUUUGAAGAUAUUAGUCUCUUCACAAAAUGUCAAUUCAUUUUGAUACUUUCCUAUAUAUUUCAAGAUGUUUGCAUGCUUCAUUGCUUAUAUCUCUCUCUAUAUAUAUGAUUUAACUGAAAGCAGAAACUGGUGACUUAUUUAGACUUGUAUUUGUGCUAAAACCAUUCUGAUUUUAAUUUACUUCUGAUUUUGCUGUA